GCUAAACACAAUGUAGAAUUUUGGUGCCAAUUUUGGUUGGGAUUCUGUUUCAUUUUAACGUUUCCAGUUGGCUCUAUAUUUUCAAAGAAUGUUUCAGAUAGUGUAGCAGACCUAAGACUGUGCUGUGUCCAAUUUUAAUAUAUACAGUACAUGGUCUUUUUUGGGGGUUUUGACAAUACAACUACUACCACCACCACAACACAGUAACAGGAUGAUGGAACCAAUUAGCAUUGAUGAUGCUAGUUUGCUGCUAAAGUUCAAGUCGAAAGUAACCUUGAAGAAAUGCAGCAUAUUUGGCAGUGUCAAUGCAGUCAGUGAACUAAUUCAAAUUAAGGGAAAGACUAUGUUUCUAAUUCAACUCAAAUCAAAUAAGACAGAGAGGACAAUAAACAUUGUUGUGACAGAUAAAGACUAUUUACAUUGGAGAGAGUCUAUACAACCAAGGAGUAGUUAUCUUUUCAUCAACUUGAGACCUACAACUUUGAGUAAGGGCACUCCUGAUGAGCAGCUUGUUUAUGUACCGUAUGGUGACAGCAGUGUAAGGACUGCUGAGAAUGUAAAGGUAAUUAGUUUGCAGGAACUGUUAAAGAAGUCUGGUGAUGCUUCCAGCCUUUCAGAGUGUGAGAAUUUAGAGUGUUUGGAGACAACUGGUGAGAAGACAAAGAAGUUGUAUGAUUAUCAGGGCACUAUUACAAGCACUUGCAGGGCAGAACAUGGGUUAUAUGAGCUCGAUGGCAAAAUUGGAUUGCAGUUGACAUUUAUUCCUGCAGUUCAUCAGUACAAAUUUUUGAGUGUGGGAACUAAAAUUGUGGUGUACAAUGCACAUCACUGUGUCGCUGAUGAGCAUCCCAAAAUUCGGCUGUGUUGUUGCUUGAUUAGCAGCAUUCAUGUUUUAGAAUGCCCCCCAUCCACUGUCCAACCUGCGCCAUAUUAUCACAACAGAAGCGUGAUAAGUCAUUUGUUGAACUACUUUAACCUCAAUCAAGCCCAAGUACUGUGGCUGCUAAAGUGUGAGAAAAAACUGAGGCAAAAAUUUUGUCCUGAUAUUCUCAGUGUCAAUGAACUAUUGAAGGUUGGAGUGAAGGAAGAAGAUGGCAGUGUGGGUUCUGGUGUGUUUUCCAUGCUGUUCACCACCAAAUGUCCAAUAAAAGGGGAGCCCUUAUUAUGCAGAGCUAAGCGCAAGAUCCUACAGGAAUUCCUUGCCGAGAAUCACAAAUGUGGAAUUACAGAAAGGACUGUGUCAAAGGAAUCAUUGCACAGAAUCCGUAGCGUGGCAGAAAUAAACCAGGAAGCUGUUGUCACUGCUGGGAACUAUGUAGACCUCAAGAAGGACAUUGUGGCCAAAAAUAUGACGGCAAGAGAUGCAACAGAAUAUGUCUACUGGUCACAUUUAGUAUUUGAGAACAGUGAUUUUACUCCACCUUGGAUUGUUGUUGGAGUUAUAGAAACUUGCAACAAAACUGGGCGUUUGCAGCUUCGGGAUCAAACAGGGAGCAUUGAUUGUCUCGUUGCUCAAUAUGCAUCAGAUUCAAUGGAAUAUCAUUUUUGCAAUACAGAUUGUGCCAGAGGGAAAACCAUGGCUCCCCCAUUCUUUCAUUCAUGCCCACUUCCACAGUCUUGGAUAGAUGGUCAGUUGGUUCGAAUAACUAAGUUCCAAAUAGUAAUUGAGAGGUUCCUUGUUUGUAGUCUUCCACAUCCCAGUUUUUUUAGGGAUGAAAAGCAUAUUCAACAGAAAAGGGUGCAUGUUUAUUUACAAUUUGCAAUAGAAGAUGCUGUUACCCUACACCGAAGAAAAUUUUCCAAUAAUGCAGCUGUUAACAGGGAUGCAGACGUUGACUUAAAGUGCAAAAAAAGGAAAUUAGAGCCAAAGAAAUCCUCACAAUCAGCAAGCACUGAGCCAUUGGAUGACUCCUCUGUAUCACAUUUGGUAUUAAUUACACAUAAAGAACCUUUGAAAUUACAAAGACAUGCCAGAAGUGCUCCUCAGCUUUGUUUCAGUUGCAUAGCAACUUUUAUUGGAGAACCCUCCUUGAAUGUGCCUGGUGCAAAAGAAAGUUUGGAACCAGGGAUUGAUUCUUGUAUAAAUCAGCCAGAGAUAUAUUUAAGGAGCACUGGGCCAACUAGGCAUGAAAAUGUAAACUGCAUUCAACGUAGUAAUGCAGAAGCAAACCAUGGAUCUACUCCAUCAGACAUUAACAAGUCUACAGAAGUCGCAUCUCAUACGGCCACCGGAAAAGAAGCUCCUGCUGUUCUCCAAACCUCUGAGAUUGCUACACCAUCUAGACCAGUGGCUUUAAAUCUCCAAGGAUCUUCCAUCAAGUGGUUUCCAUAUAUCCAUGUUGGAGGUCUGUAUAGACUGACAGCACACAAUACCAGCAGUGCUGCAGUGUUUCAGGCAAAGUUGGGUGGCAAACAUUCUGCAGAAAGAGCAAUGACAGUUUACCCCACUAGGCAGUGUGUGGACAUCAGAGACAACAUGACCUUUGACUAUAUUUUAUUUGACAGAAAUUCUUCAUCCACUGAAAGUGAUGAUGCAGGUGAUGUUAAAAACUCUGGCAGAGGUAUGGAGCUCUGUAACGUGCAGGAUAUAAAUAAUAAUAGUUCCAUGGACAAACUAGUUUCAUUCAAAGGCUGGAUAAAAUCGAAAACAUUUACAACCCAAAGUAAUUCCCGACCAAGAAGAGUUCUCCCUCAGGAUUUACAGAAAGUACAUCAGGAUAUGGGAAUAUCCUUUCCUGAUGGCAAGUCCAUGAAACUCCUUGUGGGUGACCUGGCCUCAUCAGAUAAUAUUACAGUCUAUUUGAAAGCGGACAAUCAACAGUUUUGUCUUGGCUUGCUCUUGGGGGCUGUGGUGGAAUUCAGGAGAUUUGAGAAACGUCUGUCAGAAAACAAUAAACUCUACUGCCAUGAUCUUAUAACAUCUCAUGUCAGAGUGGUUUGUUUCCCGCCAUUUAAAGGAGAAAGAUGUAGUAUGAGAACGCCCGAGUGUACAGCAGAUUCAUCCUUCACUGACCUCCCUUCACUGCCACUCCAGUAUCUUGGUAGUCUGUGGGAUAUCUCCAACAGCACUAGACAUUCCCCAUUUCAGUGUGUCUGUCAUGUUCAUCAGGUGCUCACAGUGGAGCUGCGGUCUGUGUGUGUGGAAUGUAGUAACCUCCAUAAAGCUGGGAAUUGUACCUAUUCUCCUUGUAGUUCUGUUGUGUCUCCUGCAUUCCAAGCUAAAGCCAGCAUAAUCAUAGAUGAUGGCUCCUGCAAUGCUCUAGUGUAUUGCAGUGGUCAAUCUGUCCAGACAUUACUGGAUAUGUCAGACCAGCAGUGGACAGAUUGGAAAGAAUUCUUGUCCGAUGUGGGAGAACUGCACUAUAGCCAUUCUGCAAGACCAGACGAAAUGGAUCACAACCAGAAAGCAUUGCAACAGCUGUGCAGGAGUGCUCUUGUUCUGAAACCCAUGAAAAUAUUCUGUAAACCUUUUUCCAAAGAAAGUAAACAUCACAGUGCACAUGGUCUUGAGGAUUUUAUGCUGAAGACUCUGCAUGUUGGUCAGGGAACCAUUCAGUCAAGAGUACUGCCCCUGUGUCGUCUCUACUGCCUUGGAAUGGAAAGAAUCAACUACCAUGAAAGUAUAAGGCAACUCAUGACAACCAUUUAAACCGACAAAAUAUCUUUAAAGUUGUUAAGUAUUUGACUGCCAAAGACUGCAAACAUGAUUUAGGUUGGUGAAGCAAAUUUUGUUCACAUUUCUUUCUAUCAUUGUGUCACUUGUUUCUGAAAUAAAUACCAUCAAUAAAAGCUUUUAGUAUUUGUUAUAAGGCGUUUACUUUUAAAAUCUGUUAAAACAUCUGUAUCAUACAUCAUCAUAUAACUCCAUUUCAUUUUUUAAUAAAUUUUAA